AAAAGUCGAGGUUUCGUAAUUAUGAAACCGCGAUGCGCCAGGCUCCAUCUCUCAUUUCGGGGUUGGCCUUUAAUGAUUUAAUAAUCAUUAAUUUAAAUGCUGUGUUAGAUUGUGAUCUCUCUGGAUGUGACAGUUAGUUUGAUUGGAUUCUAAAGGUUGCUGACAGACCUAAUGUAUUCCUGAGGAAUUCUGCAAUCUUGUAUCAAGAUUUGGAAUGACAGAGAGAUAUUUAUAAUUUAAAGGAGUAAAAGGACACAACAAUGGAUAGGAAAGACGCCAUCAAACUUCGUAAAAAAUAUAUUGGGUCACCAUGUAAGCUGUGGUUUAAGGAAGAUCCUUUGAAGAUAGUCAGAGCAUCGGCACAGUACAUGUAUGAUGACAAAGGCAACAAAUACCUUGAUUGUAUCAACAAUGUUUGUCACGUUGGGCAUUGCAACCCGCGGGUGGUGAAGGCAGGAGCUGAUCAGAUGUCAGUAUUAAACACAAACUCACGCUUCCUCUACGAUCAGAUGGUCCUAUAUGCCAAACGUCUUACUCAAACCUUGCCAGACAAACUCAAUACAUGCUUCUUCACAAAUUCAGGCUCGGAAGCCAACGAUUUAGCUCUCCGAUUGGUCCAUCGGCACACAGGCUCAUCAGACAUGGUCAUUUUAGAUCAUGCAUAUCAUGGACAUACAGUCAGUGUAAUAGACAUCAGUCCGUAUAAGUUUGAUAAACCAAGUAUGGAUGGGAAGAAAGAAUGGAUUCAUGUUGCUCCUGUUCCUGAUACAUACAGAGGCAAGUAUCGAGAUGUUGCGGAUGCUGGCGAGAAAUAUGCAAAUGAGGUCAAGAAGGUCAUUUCAAGGGCGCAGGCUAAUGGCCGAAAGAUUGGUGGUUUUAUUCUAGAAUCUAUGCAGAGCUGUGGAGGGCAGAUUAUAUACCCUCCAGGAUAUAUGAGAGAAGCUUUCAGACAUGUCAAAGAGGCUGGAGGGUUGACGAUAUGUGAUGAGGUUCAGGUUGGCUUUGGCCGAGUAGGAACGCAUUUCUGGGCUUUCCAAACACAAGGCGAUGACAUUGUUCCAGAUAUUGUAACGAUGGGUAAACCUAUGGGUAAUGGACAUCCCAUAGCAGCCGUCAUCACGACGAAGGAAAUUGCAGAUAGUCUCGGGAAGGGCAAUCAUCAGUACUUCAACACGUAUGGUGGGAACCCUGUGUCAUGUUCUAUUGGUUUGGCCGUUCUUGAUGUGAUCUGUGAUGACAAACUCCAGGACCAUGCUACCAGGACCGGCAAUCUCCUGAUGAAGAAAGUCAGAGAGCUGGCCAAGCGAUAUCCUAUAAUUGGCGACGUCAGGGGAUGGGGAAUGUUCUGUGGUAUUGAACUUGUCCAAGACAGAAAUACCAAGAUGCCAGCUACUGCCGAAGCAGCAUAUAUCAUUGAGAGGCUACGAGAAAUGCACAUUCUCUUCAGCUCGGAGGGACCAUUUGAGAAUGUCUUGAAGUUCAAGCCUCCGAUGGUAUUCGAUGAAGGCAAUGUGGAUGACCUCAUCAAAGCCCUGACCACCGUCUUCUCCGAGCUUGAAAACAAAGGCCCCCUCAAGAUUUCAGCUAGCCAUCAUCUCAGCAAACCAGAGUGGCAAAGCAAGAUGUUGGGACUUGACGACAUCAAAGAAGAUGAAGAGAAUGAAGCGGUCAAUGGAGGAGGCGGGGUUAAACGGAAGGCUCCCAUGUUGUCUCCUGAGACAUCGUCUUCAGGCGUGGAGUCACCCUUGGUCAUCAGUGAUGAGGAGACAGAGAAUGCUCCAGCAAUGUCUACGAAGAAGAUGAAAUUUACAACUGAGGAAGAGGAAGAAGAGGAUGGGGUUUAUAAUCUUGAUGAUAUGGAUUGAUCUGUUAUAUAAGCAACACACUUCCAAUUCUAUUCUUUGUUGAAAUGCACUAUCCACAACUUUUUGUGUUUUCCUAUUCUGUAUUUUUCAUUCACUAUUGGCAUUUAUUCUUUAAACAAGCAGCAAUUAUAUAGAAAGGGUUGACAAAGAUCAUUAUGCAUGUCUGAGAAUCAAUCCAUAAUAUAUUUUUAUUUAAGUAUUGUGUGGAAUCUUUUAAUUUGACAUGUUGUUAUAUAUAAAGGAAACAAUAAUUAUACAACUGAGGAUGUGAAGUAUAGAAACAGUAUUACAUUUUUUCAAAAGCAAUAGGCAUGUUUGGUCCUUUAUAUCUGAUAUGUAGACGUUUCCAUUAAUUUAAAUUUUAGCAUGAAAACGUGCUGUUGCUCAGUGGCUAAGCCUCCAGCACUUUCAUUCUUUGGCAAGGAUUUUAUCUACAUUUGCCUCUCUCUACCCAGGUGAAGUAGAUGGGUACACGGAGGAGGAAUUCCUGGAAUGCUUAAGCAUCCGAAUAGGGUAGCCGUGCUGUGCUUAAUACUGGGUAAUAGUAUGCAGCAUUUAGAAACAUUGUAUUAAGCUCCAUUGCAUAUUAUCAUUGUUAUUAUCUAUGGCAUUAGUAAAGAUCAUUCUAUUAUUGUCUGGUCCUACAUUGUUCUAGUUCUUGCCUGAAUAUGUGACCAGCCAUCCCCAAAACCAAAAAUAAGUCACCAGGGAAGGUUUUCUGUAAAUAAAUAAAACAGUCUAUUGGUCUUCAAAGAGGGAAAAAAGCUUACCAGGGUAAAUUUUCUUCUUCAUACUGUCAAAAUUUCAAGUUGUAAGAGUUUCUUUUCAAGUUUCAAAAGAGUUUCUUUUCAAGUUACAAGAGUUUCUUUGACGCAAGUUUUUGUGGAUUGCUUGUAAGUUUCAUUGAGAUUGCACAGUGUGCAUGUCUCAUGCUUGGUUGAACCCCUAUCUUUGUUUUCUCCUAAUUUUUUUUAAAUGUUGCUGAAUUUCUUCUGCAUUCAAUCAAGUACUAGUGUGGGUAAUUGUUGAUUAACUUUGACAAGUUAUAUAUCAUUUCAAAGUUUAGGAUGUGCAUUUUCAAAUUCAAUAAAAAUCUCAAAAUUCAUUUUGGACGACUUAUUGUUGGUUUGGGCUGGUUUAAAAAAUCAUCCAUGAAUUGUCCAAAGAAACCGAUGCAAUCGUAUAUUAAUCACAUGAGGUGUAAUAAUCAAUUUGCAAUAUUGAUCGUUUAAUAUGUUCAGGCAUUAAUACCUCUUACUUUACUUUUUAUUACAUCUUACAUUUAAGAUAGUUAUAGAGUAUUAAACUAAACAUAUAAAAGCAUGACGUUCAUUGAAAUUAAAAAAAAUCCUGCCAAAGCACACCUUAGUGCCCCUUGGCAUAUUCUAACAUUCUUUGUAUAUGCAGAGCAAUUAAUUAGGGGAUGUACGAAUGGCUAAAAUCAGGGUUCAAUAUAACACAAAUUUCAAUUUAUGAACAUAACUGAUGUAAUACUAAAUAGGUUCAUUAUUGCUUGUUUAUUAAAGUAAUAUAAGUGGGUAAGCAUAUUCCCCCAAACUAUCGUUCUGAGGUAGGGGUAUAAUAGCACCAGAGAUGCCAGUUAGUAAGAUUUUAUCCUAUUUAUAGUAUGAUUUUUCAAGGGUUAAAGUGGCACUAAAAGUUUGAGAAUGAGGAUUUUUGGUAUGUUUUUUAAACUUUCAAAGAUUAAUAGGAUUGUAGGCUUGUAUAUAUGAUAAAAAAAAGAAAUUUUCACAAUUAAGGUUAAUGGUUCUGUGGAACACCCUUAUUUGUGCACAUAAAAGAUGCUCAGCUUAAAAAGGUAGAAAUUAUUUUUGUUCUGCUCCUCAAACGUUUGGCAAAAAUUUUCCUAAUUAAUAUAACUACAGGUCUUUCGAAUUUUGACAUUAGAUGUGAUCGGCUCUUCCAUUUUUCAUGUCAGAAUUCCAUGAAAUUACAUUUUCUCAGAAAAUCAGAAAUGGUCUACCCACACCUCCUCUAUGUAACAAGAGGCAUUGCUUUGUUCACACUUGUGGGGGUGUAUGAAAGAUACUAAAAGGUAAAGAUUGGACAGUACGUAGAGCGCGCAGUGAAACGCUUGGGAAGAGUGCCUGACAGCAUUGAGUAAGUAGCAACCUUUUUUUACCUUUGCAUAUGGUUGUGUACAAAACAUAUGAGAGAAAUGGUGAAGGGUUGAAGGAAUAUACAAUUUUUACAUUUCAAAUUUUUUUAUGAAUACAUUUUAGAGGUUUUUUGGUAAUAAAAAUAUGGAAUUAUUCCCAUGCGCCGCCCUUGCGCCCUCUUCAAUAUCCCCUUUCUGAUUUUCCCCAUGUAUUUUAUACAAAGCAGCAUGCCGAUGUGCGAUGGUUUACAUGUACUUACUCAAAACUAGUGGGCGCCCUACCCCAUGAGCAUUUAUCGAGCAUUUCAAAAAAUCGCUGAAGUGUCCAAUCUUCCCCUUGUAGUAUCUUUGGAUGUAUUCAUGCAGUCUACGUGAGGAAUUUGAUAAUGGCAACUAAUGGGAUUUAAGUUGUCUGAUUUAUGGAGGAGCUACUCACAUGCGAUAUUACAAAUGAAAAUUGAUUCUUCUUUGCCACCCAUCAAUUAUUAAUUUGUUUCUCUCAUUCAGCUUUAUUAAUGUCAGGGUGAACUUUCCCUUUGAAGCUAUUAAAUUCAUUAUACAGGUGUAUUUGUGACACAGUUACGUCACAUUGGUUUAUAGCAUUUUCCUACCUGCAACUAUAAGUAGCAGUCAAUUUAACACACAUGACCAACCAAGAACUAAUAGAGAUGUGUGUAGACAAAUGUAGCACUGGAGAUCAAUAAUAACCAACAAUGUUUGCGACGAAAAUUGGCAAUUUUCAUGGUAAAAUACUAUAUUGGAUGUACAGAAUCUUGAAAAAAAAAUCAGCAGUUCUGCUGUUAACUGAAUGGUGCUAGGUGCAUGAGAAGAAGUGAAAAUGUGUUUUGUUUGAUAAAAGCAGUUGGUUUUGAUAAAGACUGUUUAUUGAUCUUCAGCCUGCCAGGGACCUGGAUGCAUGCCCGUUUCUGAACUCGGUUCUAAUUUGUACCGUGCUCUAAAUCUGUAAGUUAACUAUGGGAUGCCAAAUAUGACAUGAACCUCUACUGUGGUCUAAAUUUUCAUUGAUUCAUGAAGUAUGGGUAGCCGUAUGUGACACAAAUCUCUACUCUGGUCUCAAUUUGUGGAUUAAUUAUGGGUAGCCAAAAUGUGACUCAAAUCUCUAUUGAAUAGAAUAUACCUGGUAAGGUAAACUAUACACAACUCUCAAGGAAUUAUACUUCAGUACCUGUAACUCUCUUUACAAUCAAAGUAUGCAAAUGGAGCUGAGAAAAUAUAAAUCAUUAGCAAGAUUGUCCUUAGUAGAACAUUUUUGCGCACCCCAUCAGUGCAGAAACACCCUUACACAAUGCCCUUAUAUGUGCUGCGAAGGACGUUUUUGCGUGCAUGCUAUGCACAAAAGUUUGGUGUUAAGGGCGUUCUUGCACCACACUGAAUUUUAGGAUACAUGCAUUGUGAUUUUUUCUUCAUAAUUUUGGCAUUCCAUAAUUUUGGCAGAGAUUUAAACCAUCAGUAAUUUUUUUUUUUGAGAAUAUUUUCCAUGUAUGUUAUAGAAUUUUCACAAUACAUCUAAUUUGGAAAAAUGGGACGUGAUACAUUUUUUUUUUAAAUGGAUAUUAGAUUCAGUGUAUUUUAAGAUGUUAUUUCAACAGCUGCUUGUCUGGUUUGGAAUGAAUUUACAAAGGAGUGAAAUGUGUCGAGCGAAUAAAGCAAUAUUGACUGGCCUCGGGGCGAUACAACAAAUAUCGCCCAAACUAGAUUUAUAUCGCCCGAGUCGCAGACGAGGGUGAUAUCAAUAUAGUGAGGGCGAUAUAUGUCCAUUCACCCCCAGGCCAGUCAAUAUUGCUAUUAUUAACCAAAUCAGGCAUCUAGAGCAAAAAUCGUUAAAAUCUAGAUAUUUUAAAUUUUUAGAAUGAGAAUCUUAGUUUAUCAUGUUGAGCAGACUGGGCCUCUGAACUUUACCAUUGUGACGUAAUUGAAAUGACGCGUCCCUGGCCUGGGGACGCAGUAUCCAGCGGUGUCUUCACUUGAUUACCAUUAUGACGUAUAGCACUGCGCGGUUCAAGGACGCGUGCAAAAACACGUAGAAUACCCGGAUAUUGCCAGCUAUAUUUCCACGCAUUUUCUCAUUGACUUUCUUGAAUCGGGCAAUAAAUUGGGCCCGUGGAUAAACAAUUGGAAUUUUAUUGACCGUCAAUUUGAUCCCAGUCUUAAGCAGGCAACAAUGUUUCAAAGUUGCCCUGCUCAGAUGUCUGAUACGGUUAAUAAUAAAUCAUAUUUAUAGCUAAAGUUGAAUUAUGUAAAUAUUGACAAGUAUUCUUGUUGCAAAUGUGCACUCAAGUGCAAAAUAUGUUAGUUGCUCACUUUUUUUUAAAAAUUCAGUCAGAUCAAAAGAUAAAGCACUUAACAUCGUGGCACCAUUUUAUUGGGUUUUUUCAUACCACCAUUUUAUUGGUUUUUUUUUUAAGUGUGAAAAUAUAAUCAGAAACCAAAGAUAUAGAAUAGACGUCCAGACUGGAAUCACAUAUUGUGCUAAUUAGAGUAUUCAACAAAGGAGACUUAGAUUUAAAGACUUUGAUUCAGAAGUUGUACUACUUUUCAAUUUGAUAUGGAAAGCAAAUAAUCAUCUAGUAUCUAGAUGGCAAACUGAUUUUAAAGGUGGAAAGAUGCGUGUAACUUAUAUAAUCUAGGCACUGUCUUACAAAUAGUUGCGAUUGAUCAAAUCAUUCAUAAUUAGGGUAAUCCAGCAAAGCCAAGAAUGCAUGUAUUUUGAAGUGUAAUGUUUACUCUUGCAAGCGUCAUUGUAUUGACAAUGUGGUGUCUCUUCUGUUUCCAAAGAAAAAAAUAUCUAUAUAUUUGCUAUAUGAAAGUAUGACGUUGAUGGAUUUUAAAGUUUAACAUAUCAAUCAUAGCUCUUUGUAAGACAGGGCCCUAAUCUUAAUGAUUUGUUAUUUUAUCUUGAUCCGUGCAAUGACCGUGAAAGAAAGUAACGAUAAAAUGUUGUUCUCAAAUUACACUCGCCAUAUGGAUCACAUCACAUGUGGAAAUGUUGUUUGCUUAAUAGCAAUCGGAGGGUCAGCUCUCUGUAAUACUCCCCAGGGAGUGGAGAUUGUGCAUACAUUGUAUGCGGAUAAGCUAGAAUCCAGUGACUUGGGUGAUGAUAAUAUAUCUGUACAAAGUUUAGAGAUGUCAUUCUGAUGUGAUAAGUGCUAGAUAAAUUUUGAAUGAUAUUAUGAAAUGUUGUUUCAUGCUCAUCAGUUUUCCUGAAAAGUUUAUAAUUCUUUGUUAUUCUUCAGAAGAAACCAUAUUCAGAUGAAUUGCUUGGAUGUAAUCCUGCUUUUGUUUUGUAAAAUUAAUAAGACGUUUUGUUUUAUAAAUAGAAAAACUAUAAAUAAUACAGCAGGAAUAGCUUUAAGUUAAGAAAUUUGGACUGGGAAAAUAACAUCAACUUUUGGGGUGAGUUUUGAAGUUACUUGUAAGUUACGGUAAAGGCAUUUAUUUCAUUUCUUAGUUGUUAGGCCUAAGCUAUACAUACUAAUCAAUAUUGCAAGCCUCUUUAUAGAGAGAUGUAAAGCCAUAAAUCCCCUUGUUCGUGUCUUAUAAGCACAAGGUUUACUCUACCAUUGAUAUUGGAAUACAAACAAAAUAAUGUUAUUUAGGGAUUGUAUAUCUGUUUAUACAUGAUUGUAUAUGUUAUGUAAUGCAUCAAGCACAUGUACUUAUUCAUUGAUUCAUGUUGAAUAUGUUUGUACAUGAAGCAAACUAUGUCCAGAGCCUAGAGGGAUUUAAAAAAAAGCAACAUUAUUUUACCCCUUUAUUGUCUACCAAUUAUCAUCUUAAAAUGCUAAGUGUGUUAUUUGAAUGUUUAUGUAUUUGGAAUUGUUUUACUGAAGGCACCUGUGAACUGGUGUAUACUAUGGAGGCAGACUGUGGCCGUUACUAUAUUGACUGGUUCAGUCUGUGUAGGAUGUGAUGAUGCCACUGAUGAUGUCACUAGAGAGAGGCACUGCGCAUGUGCGAGAAUGAGUCCCGUCGCUUAGCCUUAAAUGGUGUCACAAGUGACUUAACAUCACACCUCUGUUAAGAUUCUUGAGAACAUUAAAUACUACAGUAGGAUGCGAAGGAAACAAAAGUGAUCAACUACGUUCAUCAAGUUUCCUUCCAUGCAUGCAGUAACUACUCCUUUCGUCUCAUUGUCAUGACUUUUUUUCUGACCAACUAGCAUAGAGAACGCAGCAGCGUGACCCUCGUCUACUUUGCAUACAGGAAAAUUUGCAUCUUGUGCAUAAAAGUUCAUGUUUGAUUGAAUUGUAUUGUGUUUGCGGGUCAUUAACAAAAGUUCCUAUUCACUAAAUGAAAAAGACUUUUAUAUUGUUCUCGCGCAUAUGUAGUGCCUAACUCCGCUUUGGCGUGACAUCUCGACAUCGAUAUGGAAUCUUGAAGUCGUUAUGAGACGGAGAGAGUAUUUUUGUGAUAUAUUGAAUCAUGAUAUUCAUGAUUUUGAACAAUGUGUGUGCACACAAAUUAAUAAAUUUACACUUUAUGGAUCAAAACCAA